AUGGCUGUGGAGGAAAUUUCGUCCCGCAAGGACAUCAGUCUAAGAGAUAUGCAAAUCUCUGCCAUUUUGAAAAUGCUUUUUCUAAAUAAGAACUCAAACAACAACGACAAUAUCACCACCAUCACAGACGAUAUCUUCAACCAGCAGGAGAUCAUCUGGAAGGUGUUAAUACUGGACAUCAAGAGUACUGCUACCAUAUCUUCUGUUCUUAGAGUCAACGACCUGCUGAAGGCUGGUAUCACCGUCCAUUCCCUGAUCAAACAAGAUAGGUCACCCUUGCCAGAUGUUCCCGCCAUAUAUUUCGUUUCUCCCACAAAGGAAAACAUUGACAUUAUAGUCAAUGACCUGAAAAGCGACAAGUACUCUGAGUUCUAUAUCAAUUUUACAUCAUCUCUGCCCAGAAACCUUUUGGAAGAUUUGGCUCAACAAGUUUCCGUCACGGGUAAAUCUGACAAAAUCAAGCAAGUUUACGAUCAAUACUUGGACUUUAUUGUCACUGAACCGGAGUUGUUCUCACUGGAAAUCUCAAAUGCGUACUUGACAUUAAAUGACCCAAAAACUUCAGAGGAGGAAAUUACCGGCUUAUGCGCCAACAUCGCGGACGGCUUAUUCAACACCGUGUUAACCACCAAUUCCAUUCCAAUCAUAAGAGCUGCGAAGGGUGGGCCUGCUGAAAUUAUUGCUGAGAAACUAGGCACAAAAUUGCGCGACUUUGUCAUCAAUACCAAUUCUUCGUCCACUUCCACCCUGCAGGGAAAUGACUCUUUGGAAAGAGGAGUGUUGAUCAUUCUAGAUAGAAACAUCGAUUUUGCCUCGAUGUUCUCACAUUCGUGGAUUUAUCAGUGCAUGGUGUUUGAUAUUUUCAAACUAUCAAGAAAUACCGUCACUAUUCCCCUGGAAAAUAAAGAAAAUGGAACUGACACUACUACCUCAAAGCCAUUAGCAACCAAGAAAUAUGAUAUAGAGCCGAACGAUUUCUUUUGGAUGGAAAACUCUCAUUUGCCAUUCCCAGAAGCCGCAGAAAACGUUGAAGCAGCAUUGAAUAAAUACAAGGAGGAAGCUGCAGAAAUCACUAGGAAAACCGGUGUCACCGAUAUAACAGAUUUAGAUCCAAACUCAAAUAACGAUACAGUUCAGAUUCAGGAAGUUGUAAAGAAACUGCCAGAAUUGACAGCGAAGAAAAACACAAUUGAUACACAUAUGAAUAUUUUUGCUGCAUUAUUGUCACAAUUGGAAAGUAAAAGUCUUGAUACUUUCUUUGAGGUUGAACAAGACCCCGGUAGCACCAAAACAAGAGCUAGAUUUUUGGAUAUUCUCAAAGAUGGUAAGACAAAUAAUCUUGAAGACAAAUUGAGAUCUUUCAUUGUUCUUUAUCUGACAUCAGCUACCGGCUUACCAAAGGAUUUUGUCCAGACUGUGGAGAACUAUUUUAAGGAACACGAUUACGACAUCAACGCUUUGAAAUAUGUUUAUAAACUAAGGGAGUUCAUGCAACUAUCAAAUAUGUCGUUACAAAAUAAAUCUUUGGAAGACGGCUCCGAUUCCACUUUCAAACCAAGCAACUUGACACUAUCCGGUAUUUAUGGUUUAACCGAAGGCAAAUUACAAGGAGGUGUAGGAAGCUUAAUAUCAGGUAUUAAGAAAUUACUACCUGAAAAAAAAACCAUUCCGAUAACAAAUGUUGUUGAUGCGAUAAUGGACCCUUUAAACAGCUCCCAAAAAAAUUUGGAGACUACUGACAGUUACCUAUACAUUGACCCUAAAAUUACAAGGGGUUCCCAUACUAGGAAACCAAAAAGGCAAUCUUAUAAUAAGUCACUGGUGUUUGUAGUUGGUGGUGGUAACUACCUAGAAUAUCAAAACCUCCAAGAAUGGGCACAUUCUCAAUUGCAUAAUCCUAAAAAAGUCAUGUACGGUAGCACAGCCAUUACCACACCAGCUGAAUUCUUGAAUGAGAUUUCUCGCCUUGGUGCAAGUAAUAACAGCAACAGCGAUGCAUAA